GCAGCCCAUUCCUUCACGCUGCUGCGUCUGCGCUUCCUGUGGUUGCUGCGCCAAUACCACUUUCCCCAGCGCCAACGGCGAGAUGGCCGUCGGCGGGGAGAUGAACAAGGCGCCGGCGCCAGCACCUGCAACGACGGGCGCCUCCAUGAUGGAGCAGCUCGUGCCUGAGAUCACCACCCACGCGCUCAGUUACCUCGACUGCACUAGCCUCUGCCGCCUCUCGAUGACCAAUUCAGCCAUGCGCCGCGCCGCCAACGACGAUGGGGCUUGGAAGGCGCUCUACCACAAGGAUUUUACAGCGGAGCAGGAUACUAUAACUCCACCUAACGGAUGGAAGGCAUACUAUGCAGCUACAAAGGCCAUCAUGAAUGUGAAUGCUGAGUUCUAUAAUAUCAUCAGGGAAGGAUCCUUGCCAGCAAUGAGUCACUUCUGGCUUAACUCAGACUAUGUAAAAUGCGUACAUGCUACUGGAGAGCUUUUUACAGGAUACAAUGCAGUGAUGAACAGCUGGGGCUUGUUAUUCAACUGGGGCCAAGAUGGAGGCCAGGGCACUGAUUUUCAGCUACGGGAUGUCAGAGCUCGUGUACUUGCUGAUGUAGCAUGGGUUAACAUGAAGGUUCAUGUCGAUGUUGACCCAGGGCCGUUCCAUGUGACCAAUGUAUACGAGUUCUGUAAUGGCAGGUGGCAUAUGGUUCAUCACCAUAGCUCACUCAUGGCUGACCCAGCGCCACAUAAUCUGUUUGGCUGAAUUCAACUACAAAGUUUCAUCCGCAAGAAAACUUCAUCACAGAUUGUCAUGUUGCCUGCUUCUGCGGUUUAGACUGGUAGUAGAUACCAAAUAUGUUCGUGGAGAGCUUUUCUUCACCCUGUUUUCUCUGUUCAUUCAUCCUGAAUCACUGGUUUCUUUAUAUUUUGCCCGUCAGUUCUGUAUAAAUGUGAUGUAGGAGCUCAGAUUGUGGAGGGUAUGUUGUCGUGAUUGUGUGGCUGUGACUGACUUGUCUCGUCGAUAUGUUUAA